AUGACAUACAUCAGCGUUGAUGAGAGGCAGGAACACUCUCGGGUGAUUUUGAGCUGCCAGAAUAAUCAGCUGUACGUGCAACAUGGCUUCAAGGAGUUCUCAGUUAGCAACAUGCAUCCCUUAAAGAACAUGGACACUCGUAUUUUUACUGGAGACUUUAAUCCUGUAAAUAAAGGAGGCAAUAAUGCAGGAACACAUCUGUAUCAGAGCAUGGAGAAUCUACACUGGGCCACGGUAGCUGAUCCACACUGCCUUCCCCACGGUGGAAAUGUAGACAAUAAACUCGUCUUUCGUUGCAAAGGCACAGCCUCCUGUUCCAGGUAUUCCAUGGAAGAUUCCCUUACUCCUAGUUCACCUGAACGUUACCGACACUUCUCCCUUCCAUCAGGUCAAGGGAUCCCUUCAGCACAAGAUAUAGCCAUUUCCUCUUGUGCCAAAGUGCCUCCGUGGUUUCUUUCCUCCAUAAGUGGGGAUGCCAAAAAAAUCCUAAAAGAAAAACUUAGAAUUCACAGUAGUAAAGCUCCUGAGAUUUGCAAGCCACUCAGAGCUCAGCCUUCUUUGAACGAUUCGGCUGCAAGGGAACGUUCUCAAUGCCGGGCCUGCCAGCAAUAUAAGAAUGGCUGCUCCCCUAACUGUUGCACCAUAUUUGUGCAGCACGCCACUCUUGCUCAUGCCCCAUGGGUGGCAGUAGGGAAGCAACGGCCUUGUUUCUACAGCAGGCUAGCCAGCCCAGAAGACAUCAAGCAAGAAGCCCAGCGAAGGCUGCAGAUCAGGAGGCAGAACAGCUCCCCCAACUUGACCCUGCAUUGUGCCCGUGAUAGUCAGAAAGUGAUCAAAUCCCAAACUAUGGGAUCAUUAAAUGGAGAUGGAGAGAGAGGAGACUGCGAAAGGACUCUAGAAGAGAGCAGAAAAGCUGAUUGCAAAGAGAGACUCUACAUUCCAACUUUUGAAGAGUUCAAGAGGAUGAGAAGCAAGGCAGCCCUUUUUCUCAAUGGCAAUAGCGAAAUUGUGAAGGAUAAAACAGAAGGAACCCAACAGUUGGAGGGAAAAAGAAGUCAAAAUCAGGAUCAUGUUAAAGACGUGGUUUCAGUCACAGGUGAUGAUGACGACGACGACGAGGUGUUUCAUGAAAACAGCCAGAAUGCUUCCAGGUUUAUUGGCUGUGAAGAAAAUUCAUCCACGUGGGACAGAAGUUUCUGCCUAAUAAAUAUCCCUGUGGCCAGGGAUAAGAUUUCCGAAGUCCCAGCAUCAUCAGAAACUGUGCCAGUUCCCAUUUGUUCUAGCCCAGUUCCGAGAUCACCUCUGCAACCUGCUGCAGCAUUUAAGAAGGAGGGCAAGAAAGAUUUUGUGGAAGGAGAGAAGCAAGGAUUGGAUGCAAAAAACAUCAGCGAAACCCUCCACUGCGCUGGACAAUCUCUGGUGCCCGAAACUCCGUCGUCUUGCUGCCCGCUGCUGUUAGAAGCAACCGAUAUCUCCAGUUAUGGAGCUAAGCUUCAGAAAAUGAAGGAUGAAUUUAUAGAGGUGAAGUACUGUAGAUCGGUUUCCACUAGUGUGAAAAUUGAUGUCCUGGAUAGCAUCCUUUAUCUAGGCCAGGGCUGCACUGGUGAAAUUACUCUUGAUCUCCCUUCCCCCAAAUCCUGUGAAAUUCAGAAAGCAGAUCACACUUUUGUGGAAGACUGUCAUCAAUCCACAAGCUCCAGCUCAAAUUGCCGCAGAUCAAGUUCUGACAUCUCCUACGAAACCCCGGUCUGCGCCAAAGUUCAGCGGGAGUGCCGGCUACGGCCUCAUUUCAGUGAUCCAAUGCCAACAGAUGCCGUAAAGAGGAAACAGCUGGAGUUGAAGAUAGCUGCAGUAGCCCGACACCAUGCCCAGAAGCGCCGGCAAGAGAGAGAAUCCAGUAAAUCCUCUGACAGGGGUAGGCAACCUUGAGGUCAAAUUAAGAACAGAGGCAUUAGCAGCUCUUUUCGUUCCAAACACCGCUGGAGCAACGUUAGCAGUCUCAGUGCAGAUAGUGGAAUUGUAGGCGGGAAUGAGGAGAGAGACAAUGCUGACACCACCGUUGGAGGGGUGCCAAGGAUUAGGUCAUCCAAAAUGGAGCGGGCAGAUAGUGGCAUCAGCCAGGUGUUGGGUAGGAAGUGGAAGAACCGGGCAUCAGAAACAUUAACCUCUCUACAGGCCUGGGAAGCCCAUCAACCUUGCACUGACUGUGGUGGCAGAGAUUUUCCAUUGGAAACAGAUGUCCAGAAUCAAAACAGGAAACAGGCCAUUCUCUGUGAGAAGUGCCUGAAGUGCAGGACAGAACGGAAAGAAUCCGUGUUGGAAUUUGUCAACACUGAAGCUAGUUAUGGGGAAGACCUACGCAUCAUCAAGGAGGAAUUCUAUCUCCCCAUGCAAGCAGCUGGCCUCCUAACCCAAGAACAACUGCUGGUGGUUUUUAGCAAUAUCCAGGAGCUAAUUGACCUCAAUGAAAACUUUCUGGAGUAUCUUCAAGAAGAGAUUGAUCAGGCUUUUGAGCAGGGUGAUGAUGACCUCAUGACUGUGUGCAUUGGUGAAAUAUUCCUGGAGUUUGUGAACAUGCUGCCUGCAUUCCAGACAUAUUGUCUCCAGCAGCCAUCCUCCGUGAACAUGCUCAAUGCAUUGGAGAAAGAAAAAGAAUUACUCAGGAUAUUCCUCAAUGUUUCGCAGAAUGACAACACCGCCCUUCGUCGCAUGAAUCUGAGGUCCUUCCUCAUAACUCCACUACAAAGAGUCACAAAGUAUCCCCUCCUUCUGAGCCGUAUCAUCAAAGCCACUAUGGAGUACCACCCAGAUUACAGCAGUCUGCUGGAGGCCAAAAGCCGCAUCGAGUCCCAUCUGGAACACAUCAACAUGAAAACCAAGCAGGAAGGGAAUUCGUGGACUCUGCGCUCCUUCCGCCAGGACAGUAAGAAGAACAGGGAGGUGAUCAACAUUGAAAUGAGGGAAACUGCUCUCAAAACGAUGGGCUGGCUGCGGGAAGAAACACGGUUUGUGAUGGAAGGUCCCUUGCAGCUGGCCCAGCCACCUGAUGGGCAAUGGGUGAAAAAGGGCAGCAAGACGUUAAAGUUCCAGAAGAUGCAAGUUCUCCUGAUGGUCAAUAUCAGGCGUGCAUCCGAGUCCAGUUUUGAACCGGGGGAGCCAGGCUCUGUGAAAGAUGCAGUAUUGGUACUUAUUCGGGAUAAGAACAAUGGGAAGUUCAGUUUGCUCAGGGAACCCUUGAGACUCAGCAACUGUGUGGUCUCUGUGGAUCCCGAUUGUGACGACACAUUUGAACUGCUUGAGAUAAGACGGGAAUCCUUCAUAUUUCGAGACGGGGACAAGGCACGGACUCACCACUGGUUUAGGCAGAUAAGGAGAUACUCUCGGGAGCUGGGCUCCUGGAAGAAGCGGCGUAACGCUUUGCCCAAUAUCAUGAUAAGUGCAUCUCACAAUAGGUCAUGA